AUGAAUUCCUCGACCCAGCCUACUGAUGUCUAUGGGGGAGACGAAGUGGCCGCCAUAAUCCUCGACCCGGGAUACUCAAGCGUACGCGCGGGAUUCGCUGGAGAAGACACGCCCAAGUCAUUUCUUAACUCGUAUUACGGUCGAACAAAAGAUGGACGAAAUCUAUUUGGCGAUGAUGCCAUUCACAAUCCGCUGGUUGAGCUAGAGAUUCAAAAUCCCAUGUCCAACGAAGGCAUCGUCGAAGAUUGGGACGUUGCUACGAAGCUCUGGGAAUAUGCUGUCACAUCACGGCUGACUAGUUAUAAGCCAAGCAAGGAUCAAAAAGAUCACUUGAAUGAUGAUACUAAGGAUAUGGAUACUGAAAUGGAGGGAGUCAAUGAGAGUGAAAAGGCGAUGGAGGAGCACCCUUUACUUCUUACUGAAACUGCAUGGAACACCACAAAAAAUCGUGAGAAAUCAAUCGAAGUAGCCAUGGAAAGUUGGGGCUGCCCAGCAUUUUGGCUUGCGCGAAACAGUGUUUUAUCAGGAUUUGGGGCUGGUAAGGCCACCGCUCUAAUUGUUGAUAUUGGGGCCUCCACAUCUUCUACUGUUGCUAUUCAUGACGGUCUCAUUCUUAAAAAAUCGAUUCAAAAGUCCCCACUAGCAGGCAACUGGUUAUCCUCUCAGAUACGAAUACUAUUCUCACUACAAAAUCCACCGGUUAAUAUUAUUCCACAUUUCAUGAUUGCUUCUAAGGUGCCAGUAGAGCAAAAUGCGCCUUCACAAGCUACCUUCCGACAGCCCAAAAUUACACACACAGAAUCAUUUCGUAGCUUGGAACAGGAACGUGUGAUUACUGAAUUCAAAGAAUCGGUCGUACAAGUGUGGCCAGGUCCUACCAGGUUGAAUGGUCCGGCCAUGAACGGCGGCAGUAACUACGAUAUUGCUAAAUCACAGCCCGGUCGUAUUUUCGAAUUUCCUGAUGGUUCUAAUCGUACGUGGGGUGCCGAAAGAUUCAGUGUGGCGGAAGGCUUCUACGAUGAAAAAGCAGCGCUACUAUUGCCAGGUGAGACACAACCAUCUAAAGCCCAAACUCUCCCUGAGAUGGUCAAGGCGAGUGUCUCAGGCGUCGACAUGGACAUCCGCGCGAGUUUACUCCAAAAUAUUGUGGUUGUAGGAGGUACUAGUCUCACAUUAGGUCUGGUCGAAAGGCUCGAUCAGGAGCUCAAGAACAUUUAUCCUGGCGCGCGAAUCAAGAUAAAUGCGGCUGGGCUAACAUCGGAAAGGAGAUUUGGCAGCUGGAUCGGUGGCAGCAUUCUCGGGAGCUUGGGUACUUUUCAUCAAAUGUGGAUUUCUCGCAAGGAGUAUGACGAAUUCGGGGCUAAUAUUGUUGAGAAACGGUGUAAAUAG